AUGGGAAAUGGUUCAUCAAAAUCAUCGUCACAUAGUCGCAUAAUUUCAUUGAAAUCGGGGCCGUCGUCGUCCGUUAUGAGAAAACAUUUAGAAAAUGCGCAAAAAAGCCGAAUUUUGCAGCUGAAAUCAUGUGGCCUUAAAACCUUUCCGGAGCAGCUUAUUCAGGUUAAUGAAAUUCUUCGAAAUUUGGACAUUUCUUCUAAUCGAAUUUGUGAUUUACCUUCAUUUAUUGGAUCAUUUUCUUCAUUAAAGCAACUUCAUUUGGCCGAAAAUCAGUUAAAGGAAAUACCUGAUGAAAUCGGAAUGUUAAAAAAGCUCGAAGUUAUAAAUUUAGCAAAAAAUCGUAUUUCGGCAUUGCCGGAAAGUUUUGUUGGCCUUAUUUCUCUAAAAUCUCUUGAUAUUUCUAGCAAUAAAUUUACUUCAUUGCCUGUUGUUGUUUGUCAUUUGAAUUCACUCGAUGAUUUGAAUGCUUCGUCAAAUUUUAUUGAAAAUUUGCCCGAUGAGAUGAAAUAUAUCAAAGUUUCUGACUUGAAUUUGAAUCAGAAUCGCUUGAAUUCGUUAAAAAAUAUCGAAAAAUGCGAGCAGUUAAAAAUACUUCGUAUUGAAGAAAAUUGUCUCAGUACAGAGGCUUUUACCAGAGAAUUCCUUGAAAAUUCAAAAGUAUCAUUAAUUGCAUUUGGUGGGAAUUUAUUUCAAGAAAAAGAUUUUCAAGAAUUAUCCGGUUAUGAAGAAUAUCAAAAAAGAUUUACUGCAGCAAAGAUCAAAAUGUAA